AUGGCCCGGCAAAUAGCAAUAGCCCUGCUGAUCUGCUCAUUGGUGGCGAUGGCUUCGUCCAUUCCCAUCGAUGUGGACUGUACGCGUCGACAGGAUUUCAAUGUUGUCAAGGACUGCUGUGCCUAUCCCACAUUCAGGUUUGACCAGUUCAAAAGCCAGUGUGGUAAAUAUAUGCCCGUUGGUGCUCCCAGAAUUUCACCCUGCCUGUAUGAAUGCAUUUUUAAUGCGACCAACACAGUUGUGAAUGGAGCUAUUAAUCCCGACAAUGCCCGACUCAUGCUGGAGAAGCUUUUCGGUAACCAGGACUUUGAGGAAGUCUAUUUCAAUGGUCUAAUGGGCUGUUCGGAUUCUGUGCAAGAGAUGUUAAGCAAUCGGAGGCCUCGUCCCCAAGGAAAAACAGAACAGUGCUCUCCCUUUGCAAUUUUCUAUGGAUUUUGUGCCCAGAGAUAUGUCUUUAAUCACUGUCCAUCAUCCAGCUGGUCCGGCACUGAAUCUUGCGAAAUGGCCCGAUUGCAGAACAUGAACUGUGCGAAACCAUCACGUGGUUCUAGUCGUCGCCUACUUUAAAGGCAUAUAAUAAAAAUACAAAUGUGUA